AUGGAAGCUUUAUUACAAGAGCUAAAGACCCAAGACUUAGAAAAGCUUAAAGAAGUCCUUAAAGCCAUGACGUGGCUAGCAAUGGUAAACAAAGGUUCAGAAGAGCUUUAUAAAGCUAUCGAAGCCGUAAGCAUCGAAAACGAAGAUCUAGAAGUUUCAGGUCGGUCCUUGCAACUUCUUCAGCAGCUUUUACCCGAAUGCACCCCUCACAUAAUUCAUUUGCUCCCUUUAGUAAUUAACAAGUUUGGCUCGCCGCACUCAAUAAUAUCGCGAACUGCGUUCAAUUGCAUUGCAUUAGCCUCAAAAGCAGCCCCAAACGAAGUAAUCCAAGCUAUAAAAGCUGGAUUAAAGCACGAAAAUGACCGAGUGAGAAGUUCAUGCCUAAGAAGUUUAAGCUUAAUGCAAAAUUAUGUAGACUCAGAACUUAUGAUGGAUAUCAUUCAUAUGUUUAACGACCCUAUUGUAAAUAACACAGCUUUACAAACUGCAAGAAGAUUAAUUGCAAUCCCAGAACUUAGAGAUAAAUUAAAUAAUGAAUUGGUCGAGACUAUUGAAAGUGGGACUGCUCCUGAACAUAUCCCUUUGAGUCCUUCAAGAAAACCGGAUGUGCCGAGAAUUUUAGACCCAGAUUUUGCUCAUCACAUAACUUCAAGCUCAAGCUGGAAAGAAAAAUUAACUGCAAUGGAAGAAUUGAAGGAAAGCUUGAGUGGGAUUGGCAGCGAGCUUGAUAAAUAUUUGCCUGGAAUUUUGGAUUUUUUAAAGCAUUUGCUGGAAGAAACUAAUUAUAGAAUUGUCAUAGGUGCUUUAAAGCUAUUUCAAGAAAUGUUGGAAAUUAGAGGAAUCACUAAAAAAGCGAAUUUUACACCUUUAAUACAGCCUUUUAUUGAAAAAAUUGGCGACGAGAAGCUGGCAUUCCGGCAGAAUACAUUUAAAGUAUUCAGAUCUCUUAUGAGAGAAAUGGUACCUGACACUUAUUUUCCAUAUUUUUUAGAAAACUUGAAAAAUGAGAAUUGGCACAUUCGUGAAGGAUGCUUAGUUUUGAUUAUGACUGCAAUACUAGAAAAAAAUAACUCUAAUUAUUUUGACUAUUCAAAUUUAGUAAGACCUGUUUCUUUGCUGCUAAGUGAUGUAAAAGCUAAAAUCAGAUUCGUCGCGACGGAGACUUUGGUUCUAUUGGGACAAAGUGAAGGAAUAAGUCAAGUUCUAGACAGAGUUGAAGCUGAUGAGGUAGCAAUUGAAAGGCUUAAAGCAAGGAUGAAGAAAAAAGGAGUUGCAUCACUUAGAGAUGACUGAGUAGAACUUCCUAAAAUAAUCCCAGGCUCAGCUCCUGUCGCAUCAUAUCAUAACACAGGAAUGUCAAUAACUGAAACUUCUGAAGCUCUUUCACCAACUCGUUUUACUACCGCCUUAAACGAACGAUUAUCAUCUCUAGCCCGAAGCUCAAACCUUGAAUCUCCAAAACCUCAAGAAAAGCCAAUAGUCGCCCGAUCCCCUCUUUUGGUAAGAAAAUCUAGCAUAAGUGGAACUCCUAUGAGCCGCUCAGUAAACAUAGAGCGCGAAGUAGCUGAUGACUCUCAUAAGCGGCCAGCAAUUAAAGCAGUAGAUGUUGUCUAUUUAAAACGAGAAGAGCUUGACCCUAUAGAAAACCCCGAGUUGGAGUUCAUGGAGUACCUAAAAUCUGACCCUACAGAAUGAAGCCAGCAAUUUGAAAUGCUGAAUAAAUUGCGAAGGCUUUUAAAAUACAACUCGUCAAUGUUCGCUAAUGCUCCUAUUCACAGUAUGGUAAUUCAGGCAUUAAAAUGAGCUGAUUCGCUCAGGUCCAGCUUAUCAAAAAACGCUUUAAUUGUCAUAGGCGAAAUGUGUGCAGCUAUACCAAAAUUAGUUGACCCAGAGCUGGAGUCAAUUUUAAACUGUCUAUUGCGUAAAAGUGCUGACACAAACGUAUUUAUUUCAGAGCAAGCUGAAAAAUCGCUAGUAAAUGUAUGCAAGCAUUGCAGUGAUUCAAGGACAAUAGGUAUUUUAUUUCAAGCUGUCAAUAGUACAAGGUCCUCACAAAUAAAAGCCAAAACUGCGAUGUGCUUUCAUUCAAUUUUUGAACAUCGAAGCAAUGAUAUUCGAAGAAUUAAAGAAUUAGAAAGGAUGAUACAACUUCUAGCUGCUUUGUCAAGAGAAGCUUCAGCUGAAGUAAGGUUUAACGCAAAAGCUGCACUAAACUAUCUAAACUCUGUAAUUCCUUCGGAUUUUGAUAAAUUAUUGAAACGUGCAUUAAAUACAAAUGACUAUAUUAUUACUAAGGAAAGUCUAACUCCCUCAGUGAGUGAACAAAAAAAAUUUUGUUCACUUACGGAGAGGAGUUAAUUUUAUUUUUUUUAAAAAUUUAUAUAUAAAUUUUAUUGUAAAUUUUUUUGAAAUUUUAAAAAAAAUCAAAAUUGAAAUGUUUAAAUUAAUCAGAAUUAGUUAGAGAGAUUUCAUUACAUUAAUUUUACUUAUAUAUCAAAAUAAUUUUUCACAAAAUUUUUUGCUCGCUUACGGAGGAUAGGCCCAGGCAACAAUAGGGAUUUUUCCAGCUUUUGUUCGCUCACAGGGGUGGGAGUAAGCAAAGUUGAAGCAGAAUCUCCAUUUAAAAAAAUUUUAAAAAACCAAGAAAUGAUCAUAAGAUCUCCUUUCAGGGCCAAAUCGUCUGAGCCUAUUGAUGUGAUAAGAGAAGAUUUAAAUAACGACGACUGGAUUAGAAGAGUUGAAGCUAUUUCUAAAUUAAAAGAUUUAGGGAUAAAGUCAAAAACAAUCACAAGCAAGUCUUUACAUUGCUUAAUUACAGGACUCAAUGAUGAAGACUCAAGAGUGUCUAUGCACACUUUGACUGUGAUUUCAAAAUUGCUGCCUUGCACCACAAAUAAGCCUGAUAUUUCUCCUUUGCUGCCUGGGCUCGUAAAUUUGUUGAACUCUCCAAAUAAUUUAUUGAGAAAUAAUGCCAAAGAUGUAUGCAGGAUUUUAAUACACCAAGGUGAUCUAUCGCAAAUCUUGCCUUCACUACUACAGUGCAUAAAGAGAGAUAAAGACAAAGCAUGGCUGUUUUUAUAUACGUUGCUGAUUGAUUCUUUAUCGAUUGUCUAUUCUCAAAGGCCAAGCUUGAUACACAAAUAUAUUAUUCCUUAUGUGAUAAAGCUGCUGGAGGACGGGAAUAUAGGUGGAUCUGAAAGAAAGCUACUAGAAAGGCUUCAUGGAGUUAUGGGGAGUGACUUAUCAGUUUACUUGGGCGAUUCUUGGGAAAAGUUUUUGAAUUAUUGUGAUAAUUAA